UUGAUGAAAAGAAAAAACAGAAUUGGAAAAACUGCCGAGAGUGUUAGACGUCGCGCCGCAGUUGUUGUGCGAAGUGAAAACAAAAAAUAUUUAAUCAUCACAAAUAACAAUAAUAAAUAAAAGGAACUUACGCGUAUUAGUUAGUUUUUUAAAUCACAAACAACUGAAAGCAUUAAUAGUUAUUUUUACGAUUUCUAUUUGAAAUCCAAAAGGAAAACAAGAAAGAAAAGUUCUGUUGUAUUUGUGUGCAGUUUAUACUUGGCUGUUCGAGCUAGGAACGCCCACCUAAAAACAAAAACGAAGGCGUAAAAAUAUAUUUUGAAUAGUCAUUAAUCCAAACCCAUAUAAAUGAAUUGAUAUUGAAAUGGCUGCCUUAAGUGACACGCCCACACCCACUCCAACUAUAAUGCCCAGCGUCUCCAUUAAAGUAGAACAGGGUGCGUUGGAUGAUGAUGAAAACACUGAAUAUGGGAGUGGUAAUUAUGGGGACCAUAGUAACAGCAAUUCAAACUUCAACGAAACUGGGAGUAACGGCAGCAGUCCCAUUGAUUGCAAAAAUACAGAUGCCGCCAAGGUUUCCUUCCACAGAAAAGUACAAAUAAAAAAUGAGCCAGCCAUUGAGAUAAACGAUGGUUUCUAUGACAUGAAUGUCAGCAGCGAUGAUAAUAAGUCAUUGUCGCCCAGUACACCUCUCAGACCUAGUGGAACAUCUCCAAUAAUACGAUUGACGCCCACCGCCAAGCUAAUGCCGACACCAAAUCCAGCUAAUCCCAAGAAACGUUACGAGUGUCCAUAUGAAAAUUGUACAAAAAGUUAUGGCAAGAGUUCACAUCUUCGUUCACACUUGACAUGGCACACGGGCAUUAAACCGUUUGUAUGUAAAGAUUGCGGAAAAGGAUUUACCCGGUCGGACGAACUUAAUCGUCACAUACGCACACAUACGGGUGAGAAACCAUUCGAAUGUGUUACGUGCGGUAAGAAAUUCUCCCGAAGUGAUCAUCUGACAAAACAUUUGGCAACACACACAAAACAGCUAUUGGGUUUGUUGGGCGGAGAGGGAUCUACUGUUUUGCCUUUAGCGACGACACCUAAAAUGCCCAAACUUAUUCCAUACUCCCCAACGCAAUUUGUAAGAGAACAGCAUUGUAAACUCGCACCCACCGGCGGUUUAUGUAAAACACCAGCGCUCAUGGCCCGCGAAGUUAUAUUCGAUAAGCAAAUUGACAUAAAGGAAGAUUUUGGAGAAAAAAUCCAACAGACUUUGAAUAAGAAUAUUGAAUCGGAAUGUCAGAUGCAAUCAAGCGAUGAGGUAGUAGUUAAGGAAGAAAAAAUCGAAUCUGAAACAGUAGAAGAGAAACCCAAAAUACUAAUCGCCAAACUUGAGGAAUUAUCCCAGAGAAACGGAAUUCAAAACGUUCAGCCCGGUUUAGUUGGACAACAUGAUAAUAUUGUUGGGCAUAUUUAUAAUUUGCAAAGAUCAUCUGAAAAUACUUUUAGUUAUGGUACGACAAAGCCAUUAAAUAUUAAAUCGGAAGAAAAAAUCAAUGAAGAUCCAGACGAUGAUGCAAUUAUGCCAGAAGCUAAUUUGCCACCAUUAAUACCUAUGCCCAGCGGCGCUAAAACAUUUACUCCUAUACCAAUGCCACCAAAAUCUAAAUCUCACUUAGACUUGCCGAAAAUUAAACAAACUGUAAAGGAAUCCCCACCACAUGUAGAUGAUGAUAGACCACAUGCUUGCAAUCAAUGUCCCAAAAAGUUCAAACGGCCCGAUGAACUAAAGCGACAUAUACGUACCCAUACAGGUGAGAAACCGUAUGCCUGCAAUGAAUGUGAAAAACGUUUCAUGCGAAGUGAUCACUUGAAAAAACAUAUGAACGCCCACACCAGGAUAAGAUGAUUAUCGAAAGAACACAAAUCGGAAAGUGCAUCAUAAUCGAAAUGUCACGUUUGUACAAAAUAGUAUUGUUUAGUUUUUUCUUUCAUUAGAAAGUAAGAGUCAAGUCAGGACUUUAAACGUAACUUAUAAAAAAAGAAAAAAUCAUAAUAUGCUGGAAAAUAUACGAUGCAGGUUCGUAAAUUGCUAUUUUUUUUUAGAGUAUUUUAUUGUUUUAGUAUUUAAAUUAAUUUAAACAAUUAAAUGUAAGUUGUAAAUUUGCA